AUGAACCGUCCAGUUGCAACAACAAACAAUAAUCAACAGAAUCCAAGCAGCUACCCCCAGCAAAGUACAUUUAAGAUAAUGCUAUUGGGCGAUAGUGGUGUUGGCAAAACAUGUUUAUUAGUACGUUUUAGAGAUGACACAUUUUCAUCUGGUAGUUUUAUUGCAACUGUCGGCAUUGAUUUUCGAAACAAAAAUAUUGUGAUCAAUAAUAAACAAGUGAAAUUACAAAUUUAUGAUACAGCUGGUCAAGAACGUUUUCGAUCUAUAGCUCAUUCAUAUUAUCGUGAUGCCCAUGCUCUUUUACUUCUCUAUGAUAUAUCAUCAAUAAUAAGUUUUAAUCAUGUUCGUGAUUGGCUAAGUGAAAUAAAAGAAUACGCACAAACAGAUGUUAUUAUUAUGUUAGUAGGUAAUAAAGUUGAUAAAAAAAAUGAACGUGUUGUAACACGUGAAAUGGGUGAAAAUUUAGCCAAGGAAUAUGAAGUACCAUAUGUAGAAACAUCAGCCAAAACAGGUUUAAAUGUUGAAUUUUGUUUUACAGCAGUAAGUCAAGCGUUACUUGCGCAAACCGAUUCAACCUCAUUCCAUACACAAACGGCUUCAAAAACUUUAAAUAAUCUUGUACAAUUAAACAAUCGACCAUCAAAACAAAGUGUAUGUUGUUUACAAUCAUAA